AUGAAUGGUACGCUUUGUGACUACUUAGGAAAUAUGAAACCUAUCAGGGCAACAAGUUUCUACUCCAGUAAACGACCAGAUCUUCGCAUUAUUGUCCCAGGUGACAAUCAUGUUUCAGAAGAUUCUGACUGCGACUCUGAGCCUGAGUCAAGUACUUCUCAAUUUCGCAAGAGACGGUUCAUUGAUGAUCCCACGGUCAUUCCUCCAUCAGAAUCAGACAAUGAAUCACAGGCAAGCGUGCCUUCUAAACCUGCAAGAAGAAAGAUAAAGAAAGUUAUUUCUAGUGCCAAGGUUGACAGAUAUUCUGAAUUUGAAAGAAGAAUGCAACAAAAGAGAGGAGAGAAACAGUCCAACAGUAUUGCAAGGAAACUUGACUAUCUGCCAACCAGUACCCCACUGCAGAAAAAGUGUGAUCCCUCUUCGAAAAGAGUUCCUUUAUCUGAGAUUAAUUCGGAAGUACAAAGUUCUUCAACAGUUCAAGGUAGUGGUUCAAAGAUCUCAGACAGAAGUCUAGAUUGUAGCCAGGAUUUUACUUUACGUUUUCAACUUUCUCAAGAUAACGACCUGACAGAAGACCAGCACCAUCGUCCACCAUCAGAGUCUCUGGCGCGUUCUGAAUCUGAAGAUCUCUUCAGUGAGUCAGACUUAGAAAGUAAACAGGCCAAUCAUUCUGAAGAUCUCUUUAGUGAGCUAGGGGUUGAAUCACUUCAAAAUAAAAGUAAAGAGUCCAGCCCAACUAAUCAACCUCAUCAGAAUGGAAGACGGGCCAUUAGUACUCCUCCACCUGUCAGAGGUAAUACUUGUGCAACAAGAAGACGUACUUCUAGCAUAUCAAAUGUUAAUGCGAAGCCUUCUGAUACUGGAUUUGUUGAUGAGUCCUCAAUCACUCAGUCUCCUGCAUCUGUAGUUUCUUCUGCAUUACUUUCUGCUAACAAACCUGAAAAAAGAAAAAGCAAAACAGAUAAUGAAGAACAUGUUUCCAAAAAGAAGUCACUGCGAGGUAAAAUUGUGAUUGAAGAUAAAGAGAACAGUCCAGUCAAAACAUCCUGUUUGAGAUCAAGUCGGUCAACCGCUGCUGUACCGUUUGGGAAGAAAACUGAUGGUGCAUCUAUCAGUAGUAAUCCUACAGUUUUAAAUAGUGUCUCAUCUGAUAAUGCGGAACUCAAUGAUAGUGCAUUUCUUUCUGAGCCUUCAGUCACUCAGACACCAAGAGCUUCAGCUUCAACUUCAUCUUCCCAUGUAGCACGGCGAUAUCGGGCGAUGAUGAGUCGCCUGGAAGUUGGAGCGGCGAUGACUUGGCGAUAUCAUUUAAACCAUGUAAGUAUGACUGUACUGGAGUAG